ACCUCAGUACAGGUGAGGUGAAAUAUCAUUGUCACACUGCCGCCGCCGCCGCCGCAGCAGCAGCAGCAGCAGCAGUAAUUCCGCUUACAGUGCAAUUAUUGUUUUUUUUUUUUUUAGUUUCAUAAUAAUAAUAGUUUUUUAAAUAUUUAAAAUUAUUUUGUCAUCGAAAAAUGAACACAUCAGUUUGCUCACAACUGUGGUGUCGACGGCACCCACCCACAACGUUCCCGUGUACAUAGUAUUAUCUUAUCCGUUAAGUGUGAGUUGGGUUCUGGUUUCUGUAUACUGUUAUCUUGAACCAUCUAACUGUUCAAAAGUCCCUGGGGUUGCCAAUUACACAGCCCUGUCAGUGAUUUCUAAGUUGCUUGAAGUUCGUUAUGUGUGUCUAAUUUUUUUUUUUUAAAUGUUCAAUUGUGCAAUGCAGUUUAGUGUCAUACAACAUAUGGACACCUAUGCUAUAGUUAUGUGAUGAAGAUUCUGUGAACACUUACACAUCAAAUACAUAUCACAACACACACUCAUAGGACAGUCAAAGGUUUUGGCUAGGAUGAUGGCGCCCAAAAUACAAGAAGAUGAAAAUAUCGUCAAUAACAAUAACAAAGGUGACUCUCCCGCGUUCAAACUCAACAUAGAGGACACAGCCAUACACGGCGGAAACACGGAUUCGAAUUCUACGAAUAACAGCCAGUUUUCGAGUAUGUCAGACGAAGAGAGUUACGAAUGUUACGGUGAAGGUGACAUGGACAAUUCUUCGCCUGUCAACAACGUGAUCACAAACGUCGUCGAAAACCCAAUCACCAACCCUUUGGGCCUAAAGAGGAAUACGUGGCUCAGGACAAGUUUGAGAAGGACUACAAACGGGCACAGCUCUGAAAUACUGCCAAACCGUAAAUGGGGAUCGAUGAGACAUUCAUCGAGCAAAAGGAUCAGUUCAAACGCACUCGCCAGUGAUCUAUAUCGGAGCUCAAGUUUCAAUUCGUCCGGUCGCAGUUCCAUUUGCGAUACUCCAGACGAUGUGUAUUCCGAUACGUCCAUCGAAGAAGACGUUCACGACCUCAACAAUAAGGUACAAGUGUUGCAAAAACAGAUGAAUUCCCUGACCGACAAUCAGCACCUGACGGACGAAAGGUACGCGCGUACCAAGGAGGAGAACGCCGCGCUCCAAGCCCGCGUCCACAUGCUCGAAGAGCAACUCCGUGACACCGAACUCAGGUGCGAGGAGCGGCUUGCGUCCGAAGAACGCAGACACAGAGAGCUCGUCACCCGAGUUGAUAGGGAAAAACAAUUGCAUAUCGAUAAUUGUGCCAUAAGACUUCAAAGUAUUGAGUCGGCUAACGAGAAUUUACGAUUGGAGGCAGAAAAGUGCAAGUCUGCGUUAGAGGCGAUGCGAACCGAAAAGAUUUCGUUGGAACAACGUGUGAGUGAUCUCAACGUGGGUGCUCAGUCGUUCAAAGAUGAAAUACGUCUGCUGGAGGCUGAACUUAGGAAGUUGAAACAGAGAGAAAGGGACAACGAAGAGAUCAUCGAUGGUCUGACCAAAGAGUUGGAAAUAUCUCGACUUGAAAAAGAAGCCAUGAUUGCCAAACUAAAUUCGCCUUCACCGUACGUUACUGAGCUUACAGCCCAGCUGGAGUCGCUAAAACAUCAGAAUCGAUCACUGAAAGACUCCUACGACGAACUACAAGCUUCCUCCAUAGCCAAAGGCAUCGAGAGAGGUAGGCUGUUGUUGACAGAGUCACCCAGCCUCGCAUCCGAACUCGACGGAUUGACUCACGAUGACCACAGUCCUUCGUCUUUGCAAAUAAACAAGAUGAAAACUGCCUUGAAAGAUCAACAGGAGGUGAACGAUCAGUUGCGGGCUUACAUCGAUAAUAUUCUGUUAAACAUUGUCGAAAACCAUCCCGAACUGUUGGAAGUCAAACAAAAUUUAUGAAAUAUUGUUAUAAUUUGAUUAUAAUAACAGAUAUUCACACAUACACACAAUGUUCCUAAUACUAUUGAUUGGUGAAGUUGGAGACCAGCGUCUUUCAAUAGACAUGUUUAUCUCAAUUAUUGUUGUUGUUGUCACUACAUAUUUCCAACAAAUAAUAUCAAUUAUAUGUGUGUUAUAUUAUAUAUAAUUUGUUGUGUAUAUAAACAGUUAAUUUUUUUUAAAAAGCAAAAUAAAAAUGAUAAAAAUAUAACUAUGAUUAUCGUAUAUGUUUAAGAAAUAUUGGAUAUCAUUUUUAAAAAAAUUAUAUUUAAUUGUAUCCGUCCAAUUAUAUAUUAUUACAAUUUAUUAUUUAUAUUUACAUACAAUUAUGUUGUUUAAUUUUUCGCUUGUAUUGUAAUCAUUUAAAAUUUUUGAAAGAUAAAGUAUAUAUCAUUAGAUAGUCCGCCGAUAUGUUAUAAUAUAAUUAUUGUUACUUUAUAUAAUAUAUUGGAGUGCUAAUUAAUUUUUAUAACUGCUAUCUGUUCCAAAGAGACUGUGAUGUGGCAACAAUAUUUAGCCAGUUAUUUUUUUAUAAUACUUGAGUCUUGUGCCAGUUCACAACAUAAAAUAUAACAGUAUUUUUUUAGCAAA